UUGACCGCAGGGGGGCGCCGUUAGCAUGCCAGAGCGCUGCACCUGUGCGGGAAUGUGUCGUGACUUUCAAGAACUGGGAACAAGGAAACGGAAUAACUCCGACCUCUUUUGAGUCAGACCUUAAAAAGCAUGAAUUGUUAUGGGAAACCGUAUUACGAAAGGAGUGGAUAAGCGGGGGCUGAAGUCUCCAAAUAAAAAGGAUCAAAAGAAAGAUGGAAAGGCUGACCUCUCACAACAGGAAGAAGCCCACAUGUACGACGCGGUGGCUGAGAUGCCGAUCUACUCCGUGGUGAACAAGCGCCGCAAGGCCGGGGGGCAGAGGCAGGAGGAGCUGCACUACGCCGAGAUCCAGGUGCUGCAGGGGCCCCCCUCCUCCAGCAGGGGGAGCAGCGCGCCGGCGCUCCGGCAGAGCAGCAGCACGGAGUACGCCACCAUAGACUUCCAGCCGCCCCCGCCCCCGCCCCACGGCCCCCCCCGCAAGGCGUCCGGCCCCCCGCGGGCCGCCAGCGCCAGAGCCAGGACUGCCGCCAAGCCCGCAGAAAUCCGCAUCCCCUCUGGCACGGUGAAGAGACCCGCCCCCAGGCCCCAGCCGCGGAAGGGCACGCUGGUGUAGCGCCCAGGCCGUCCCAGCUCCCACUUUCCCCCGGCUGUGCGCGCCAGGCCAGGCCUCUCCGGGCUCCCGCUGCGCCGCGCCGUGAUUGUCGCCUGCUCCAGCUCCCCCCGGUGGUGGUGGAGGGGAGCGCAGCCCUGAUCCGGGCAGAGGCGCUCGUGCCCGCAGGGUCCUCCUCCGAUCGGCCUGCAGCUGGGGCGGGGAGUCCAGGGGCCCUUGGGAGGCGCCGAGUGGGUCCGAGCCAGGCAGCCCUUGCAGGUGAGCUGAAGCACACGGACACGGAGGGAGGCCACCGGGCCCGUCGUGCUCGUCCGAUUGCGGGUGGCUGGGUGAGGAUCUUGUCCAGCCUCGCGAGCAGGAGCGGACAGCCGAUCUCCGUUUCGCUGCUGGCAGACUGCGUCUCUGCCCUCUGUCCUCACGCUCUUGGUACAGCGCAGUGGAGUGUGUCGCGUGCCGCGCUCUGAGGCCCGGCAGACGGGUCGCGGUGCUUUGAGGACACCUGCCUGACGGAGAGGGUGGCAGGCGUGACGCAGGCAGGGGGCUGACGUGGAGACGCACCCCUCUGGGACACACAACAGCUGGCCGUAUGCUGACUCUUGGAGUCAGGAUACUGCCUCCUGUUGGGGCGGGGGGGGUCCAUGCGGGACUGGGGCAGUGGGGCAGUGGGGCAGAACCGGACUGGCAGGAGACUGGUGCCAGAAACAAGAGCUAAAGGGCUCCCAUGCUUCAUCUGGCGUGCUGAGGCCCGAGUGAGCCGGAAAUUUGGGUCCACUUAAUAAAGCUGGAAGUUUGUACAGUACGUAGUGGUGAUCCCACCUAUUUAACAUGAUCGCAUUCUUAUUACUGCAACACAGAUUUAAAACUAAACAAGAAGUCAGCUGUCAUGACAUUGAAGGCCUAAUAGAAUACUGCUGCAUAUUGUAAUUCGGAGAACAGAAGGCCGUCGUUUACACAAAGAGUUGUGGGGGGUUGGAACACGUCGACCAGCCAUGAAGUCAAAGUUCUAAAAAGUGCCGGUUGAGUUCAGUCAGUUCCCUUCCUGUCACUAAUCAAAUCAAGGUUAAAAACAGUCUUUGGUUGGUGGUUGUGUCUUUCUGGAGAGGCAGCUUGUGUUGCUUGUGUGCUGCUUCAUGGACUACCCAGUAUCUGUGAGGCUCAUUCCAAAAUAACAUAAAGACAGUUUCGUGCCUGAGUGUGCUUGGAAAAUGAACAAGGACUCAUCUAGGUUGCCUUUACAGCAUUAAAAUCGCUCCACUGGGAUGGAAGACAAGAAAUUUAGAGCCCAGUCCAGACUGGAGGAGACACCAGCUUCAAGGUCUUUUAUCAGAAAUAUCCGUCAGUCUGUUUCAAGUUAAAAAGUUUAACUUCUACAAUUGUUUCUGUUUGAAAUUGUGUAAAUAGAUCAGGGGAUUUUGUGUAAUUGUUAAUAAAAGGAAGGGCAGUGUUUGAGUACAGUGGUCUUUUUGCACCGCCGAAAGACCCAACAGAAUGAUUACAAUAGAAGAAUGUCACUGUGCUUUAAUUUUUAAUUAUUUUUUAAAUGAUUUGUAUGUGUUUCUUUGCUAUAAAAUACUAUAAAAUGCUAUAAAAUGUCAACAGCC